CGUUAGAAGUCAAACAUAGUUCAUCCUUCCACAUACGCGAAUAGACAGUUUUGUGUGCGCAAUGUUGGCCCGUUGGUUAAAUAUUAUCGCAAUAAUUUGUGUCAUACCCUACACAAAAGGAGAACCAAGGGUUGCAAUAGCGCAUUUACAAUCGCUACAGUCAGUGACUGGUCAAAUUGAGUUGACUGAGACGGCAAAGGGGCUACAUGUCUAUGGAGUUAUAACUGGUUUACCACCCGGUGCUUACGGGUUUCACGUUCAUGAAUUAGGAGAUGUUACACCUGAUUGUAACCUAGCGGGCCGGCACUUCAAUCCUGAGGGAGCCACCCACGGUGGCAGGGAAUCCACCAUACGUCAUGUCGGUGACCUCGGAAACGUAUUGUUCGUUAACGAUCGAGCCGCAUCUGCUACAGUAGACUUCGAAGAUAGUGUAUUGACACUUCGAGGACAAAAUAGUAUAUUGGGGCGCUCUUUGGUCCUGCAUAUACACGAGGAUGACCUAGGCUUGGGAGGAAACUCUACGUCAUUGACGACAGGUAACUCGGGGCCACGGGUAGCAUGCGGUGUCAUUGGAAUCAAAUCACCUUAUGAGCCUUGGAGUGCCGCUAGCUCUGUCUCUCCGUCGGUUCUACUAUUUAUCACAUCUUUAACUUUAUUUACUUUAAGAUGGAAAUUGUUAUAAUAAGUAUUUAAUUUUAAUAUACUCCAUAGGUAUGUACUUUUGUUUUUAUUACGCAGAAUCGUAUCUAUUUAUGAAAAUCUUAAAACAUUGUUAUAGAACUUUACCUAUUUGUGUAUAUCUAUAUUUUAAUAAAUAGAUCUUUUAUAAAAUAAUAUUAUAAGCUUUUAAUAUUUUAUUCGACACAUAUGUACGACAUUUAUGUAUGACUAUGGCAGUUUCGAUUGUAUCCUUUGUUUACCUCUAAUCUGUAUACCUUUUUAAUGGAAAAAAAUCAUCACAUGUCUCCUCCUUUGUAUUGACUAAGAACCAUCCCUUAAACCCCGUUCUAAGUUCGAAGGUUCGAGCCAGAGCCGCGGUGACACUAAGCAAAUCGUCCGCAGCGCUCAUCCACAAAACUCUUGCAGUUUGUGGACGGAUGUAUCCCUAGAUUUAUCUUCUUUAGCCCUAGGCAUCACUUGAGGACAUUUAACUGCACGGUUGGCGCGGUGGCUGGGCAACUAGCUGCCGCGCAACGUGUCCCGGGUUCGAUU